GAUGAUAUGGCAUGUCAAGUAAGCACUGUAGAAAUUGCAAACGCAUGAAUAUGUAAUAGAAGUGAUUUCACCACGCUGUAUAUAGAGAAAACAGAGGUGGGAGCAUCAAGUGUUUGCCAUAGAUGUAACCAAAACAACGGAAAUUUCUUUAGAAUAACAUUCAAAAUGUACAUGGUAAAAGCUUCAGUUGUUUCAAUCAGAUAAAUCAAACAGUGAAAUUCCCUAAUGUGUAGAAUUCCCUUUGCAUCAAAGAGUCUACUACAUACACGCAACACAUGUCCCCUAAUUGCAUCCAAGUUGAAUGAGCAGCGAGAUCGAUGCCAAAUGUAAAACUGGAAAGCAUCCAACUGCUGUACUUAAUAGGGUCUGAAUGUCUGAUGAUCAUGUGAAGACUAGUAGCAUCUCAAAUUACUCCCCAUAAUAUCAAUUAGUCGCCGCAAAUUGCUAUCCAAAACUCUUGCAUCACAUGUCACUCUCGUAACUCUGAUAGUUAAGUUUCAUCAUACAUGUAUUCAGGUUAGUUACCAAAUACAGGGUGGUUUGGGGUUUGGGUGCACACUUUCUAAAGCAAAACCCAUAUUUCAGUGGGACAUUAUAGUGUGAUGCAGUUAAUAAAAGGCGCUGCACGUAGGCAUGUCCGUAUGCAGUAUGCACCUUCAUAGUUGUCCGAUCAUUUAACCUUGUUUUUCUUCCUUGCGCACAAUGCAGUUGAGCUAGUAUUAUGAGAAACAAGGAGAAAUAAUUGAGGCCGGCCAGCCAGACUCCAGUCCGGUAUCCCGCUAAGGUCCUCGAGUUCUACCAGAAACUAAUGAUUUGGCAACCCGGACUGGCCACAUAUUGUCCCUCAGACCCUGCCGCAUAUUCAUCCAUCCACCAUCUCAGCCAAAAUCAAGCAAACAAAUGCAUUUGUGACAUGUGCGGCGAGAUAAAAAGAAACACUACUUGCUACUCAUGAAACUCCACAGUGCAGAAACAUAGGGACUGAAAGCACACAAAAAUAUCAUUUUUACUCAUAGUACAAGAAAUCUAACGAGAUAUUAUUUCACUUGUGAUCAAUGUAAACAAGUACACAUAUCAACACUCGAAUUUAAGGAGAUUUGGUUUGACCAGCUGAGAUCCAAAACUCCAAACAUUUCUAAAAUGAGGUACUACUGCUACUACCACCACAUUGUGAAAUGGUCCUAUUUCCUGGCUAGAUGUACUGCUGCCAGUUUGAACUGGUGUGCUGCAUGUACUUGCCAUGAGGAAAGGGUUGCGUGCGGUGCAGACAGUGUCAGAAGAAUAGAUCGGUCACAGAAGCUUCCUAUCCAGCAAAACCUGACACAGAUGUCUGUGGAGCCUGCACAUACCUGCUCCUCAUUAACUGGGUCGACAGGGGUAACGGACUCCAGCAAGCAAAUCCGAUUCACUUCCACGCACAAAAUAAAACGAAAUCUGGGCAGUUGCUUGGUGAAAUAUGACAAUUAUUGCAGAUCAACUGUUGGGCACUUAAAUGUCGAUAUCACCAGACUGCGUAGGGACGUCCACGACCUAGUUAGUACUACUCUUGCCGUGCAUUGUCAGGGCAUCUAUCCCGUUUGGGCAAAAUUAAUUUAUGGACAGUAAAGUUAAGAGCGGCAAGAUGUUCACAAAUCUGAAGUUACUGCCAUGAACUUUCAGGCUGCAUGAAAAAGAUCGAAAAAAGGCAUAAUUUAUAUGUGGAAUACUUUGAUGGAAUUUGGAAAGUCUUGCAACCAAGCAUGACGAUCAUAACACAGCAGUCAAGAGUCAACAAUAUGUCAGGAGAUAUAACUUUUAAAUUUUCCAUCAAGCAAAGGAAACAUGAGCACGCGCCAUCGUCGUCACCAGGCUGUACAUGGAGCUAACCUUGGACAAGCUUAAAUGCGAACCAGCUCCAAGCAAGCGAUCCCAGAGCCAAAAAUAUCGGAGCAAAGGGAAGCUUGACAACUCCCCAGCAAGUCUUACUCAAAACCGCUCUAUCAAGCCUAAAAGCAAUCUAUCUACACUCGCUUAAAAGCAACACUUUGUUGCACACUUGAACCCCCACAGUCCACGGCUCAAACAAGACUGGGUGUUGAAAGAUGAAGAGGGGUUCCAAAUGAAGCAAAAGAGCACUCAAAGAGGCCAUCGCACACAAACCACAAAAUACCCCGAAAACGCUAGUUUCCCAACACAAGUCUUACCAUAUUAACGAUCCAAACAGAACAGAAGUCUUGACAUAUCAGUCUUUGCAGUUAAGUGCCAAGGGCCAUGCGUCCCAUGGCACUCAAACACAUGAUUGGAUUGGCCAUCUGGACCACGGCCAUUAGCUGCAAAAGAACCAAGAUGGCGAGCUCUCUUUCUGUAUCUGGCUCGGUUUUACUUGCAACUUUGUCCUGGUUUGUAACAUUAUUGUAACUUUCAUUAAUUCGUUUAGCUCAAGGCUUCUGGUGAACAGCUGUUGGUACCUGACCUGUUGGGCCUUUAACAUAAUAAUAAAAAUAAUAAUAAUAAUAAUAAUCUCUGGAUCUGAUCUUUGAGAAGAAGGGGAAAACAUGGCUGGUUGUAGGAGCUUAGGUGAAUCAACUCUGCAAGUGCCAGGGCUGCCCAGCCCCACAAUUAAAUGUGGCUGGCCACGAGUGUAGGUGAGCGUGUUUAUUACCGCUGUACCAGCAGGGAAGGUGGUUAUGCCAUGCAUCUACUCAGUUCACCGACAGUCCACCCCUGCGGACCCCCUUCAGACUUCCGUUGCGCCUCCCCCGCUCUUCCGCCUCGGCACACGACUGCCAUACUGGUGGUCGUACUAAGUGACUCCAGCAGCAAGGCACUCACGCUCUCCGGUGCAUACCUUCCAAUGCUGACCAGUGAAAAUUAGACCUAGCACACUCUCUUCUGUGAGGGGGUGCGUGUGACACUGUGCCGCGUACUAUUUGACUACCUACGCAUCUAACCACAUUUAACACGGCAGUGCAGAGGCAAGUACAGGCUGGGCAGCUUAUAUUCAUCACUCGGACCAGAGCUCUCCUCCCCACCACCCACAACACCUUGGCGGACUCAGAGGCUCGUUCCCGCGUCUGUGGACGACAGACGGAACAAAUGGUGCAACCCAAGAAGAAGUUCCGUGGAGUCAGGCAGCGCCACUGGGGCUCCUGGGUCUCCGAGAUCAGACACCCCCUCCUUAAGAGGAGGGUGUGGCUUGGUACCUUUGAAACCGCUGAAGAGGCCGCACGGGCCUAUGACGAGGCUGCCGUUCUGAUGAGCGGACGCAAUGCCAAGACCAACUUCCCCGUGCAGAGGAGCAGCACCGGCGAUCCUGCCCCAGCUGCAACCCGGGACGUCCGUGGUGGCAGCUCCUCAUCCUCGACAAGCAACCUGUCCCAGGUCCUCAGUGCCAAGCUUCGCAAGUGCUGCAAGGCGCCGUCUCCGUCCCUGACCUGCCUUCGCCUCGACACCGAGAAGUCCCACAUUGGCGUCUGGCAGAAGCGCGCAGGGGCCCGCGCCGACUCCAACUGGGUCAUGACCGUGGAGCUCAACAAAGGGGCCGGGCCAUCUGGCGAUGCAGUGGCGCAGUCCACAGUGUCAGCAACCACGGCUUCUUCACCGGCGAGUACAAUGGAUGACGAGGAGAGGCUCACGCUGCAGAUGAUCGAGGAGCUGCUGAGCAGGAGCGGUCCAGCUUCGCCUUCACAUGGAGAAGAAGGUAGCUUCGUUGUCUGAAAAAGCAUGGAUGAAACAGCAUCGCAACGUCGCCAUCCGAGAUCAGGAUCCCGUAGACUGGUUGGUACGCAAGCAGUUCAGGUUGCUUCAGUAAGAUAGUUAUAUGUCUAUAACUCAGUCCAAGUUACAAAAACCUUAAGUUUGCAGUUGUGUGCAGCUAUAUGUACUUAUAUUUGUUAUUACAUACACAGUCACCGUCAAGAUACUUUAUUACACAUCAAUGUCAGCUAUAUAGUAUAUAUAAAGGAAAUAAAUAGAAUGUGUUUUGUGUUA